GAUGUAGUUCCAAUGUAAGGCACAGCCCGGGGACCGUCGGGAGAGUGCGGCGUCUGCGCGGGCGCAGUCCUGCCACUGGGCCGAGGAUGCGCGCGCAGCACUCCCCGCCCCAGCGGAAGUUUCCGCGGGGCAACCGAGAAGGUCGCUGUUAAGAUGGAGUUGCCAGCACAGUGAAUCCAAGGUCCAGCUGAGACCCCAUAAAGCAUGAUUACCUUCUGUCCAAACUGUGGCAAAAAUAUCAAAGCAGCAUUCAAAUUCUGCCCUUACUGUGGGAAACCUCUGCCUACAGAGGAGCAUGAGGGGGCCCAGACCUCCGUCAAGCCCCGUGUGUCAUCUUGCCAAGGCUCAAGGAGAACGCUGAAGGCUGAUUCUGAGGUCUCUCCCAAGAAUAUGAAGUGGCCUGGCGCUGUCUUUUCUCCCCCGCCACCCCUCUUCACAGACUGUGACAGUUCUGUGGCCAAGGAGACUUUGAGUUCCUGUGAGAAACCCAAAGGGUCCUGGAGCCGGUCCCCAACCCCCAAAAGCAGCCCACAGACGACCAAGCGAAGCCCUCAGACAUUGAAGCGGAGCCGGGUGACCUCCUCCCUCGAGGCUUUGCCCUCGGGCAUGGUGGUGACAGACAAGAGUGGGCAGCUCUGGAAGCUGGGAUUUCUCCAGGGCAGGGAUGACCAGGGCAUUCUCUAUGAAGCUGAACCUGCCUCCGCCUCCGCCUCCACCUCCGCCUGCAACUCGAAUCCCAAGAUACAGAGAUUCUCACUCAAACUAGACGCCAAGGAUGGGCGCUUGUUCAAUGAGCAGAACUUCUUCCAGCGGGCCGCCAAGCCUUUGCAAGUGAACAAGUGGAAGAAGCUGUACUCAACCCCCCUACUGGCCAUCCCCACCUGUGUCGGUUUUGGCGUCCACCAGGACAGGUACAGGUUCUUGGUGUUCCCCAGCCUGGGGAGGAGCCUUCAGUCGGCCCUGGAUGACAGCCCAAAACACGUGAUGUCGGUGAGGUCUGCGUUCCAGGUGGCCUUCCGACUGCUGGAUGCCCUGGAAUUCCUCCAUGAGAACGAGUAUGUGCAUGGAAAUGUGACAACUGAGAAUAUCUAUGUGAAUCCAGAGGACCUGUGCCAGGUGACCCUGGCAGGCUAUGGCUUCACCUUCCGCUAUUCCCCAGGCGGCAAACACGUGGCUUACACUGAAGGCAGCAGGACCCCACAUGAGGGGGACCUCGAGUUCAUUAGCAUGGACCUGCACAAGGGAUGUGCACCCUCCCGCCGCAGCGACCUCCAGUCCCUGGGCUACUGUAUGCUGAAGUGGCUCUAUGGGUUCCUGCCAUGGACAAAAUGCCUCCCCAACACCGAGGAUAUCAUGAAGCUGAAACAGAAGUUUCUUGACAGCCCGGAGGCCCUCGUGGGACAGUGCAGCCGCUGGAUCAGCCCCUCAGUUACCUUUUUCCUCUUCUACGUGUGCACAUGUCCGGCUAAGUUUUUUUCAAUAAUAGAAAGUUGCAGAAGUUAAGGAAGUGCCUGUGAGAUCAUUGUUUCGGGAAUGUGUGUGCGUAGGUGGCAGCGGGUUACAAUGUAAAAUAUAUUUCUAAUUAUGUCUCAGUUUCAAAUGCUUGCAAAGCUUUUUAGCAGACCCCACCGCAACAAUCAUUGCUCAAGCCAGGCCUGUUAGAAAUGGGGUUGUUGGUAUCUUAACUGGCACUUUUUAAAAUGGGACAAUGGUGUGGUGCUUAUUUUGGGGAAAACCAAAACAUGUUUGAUGUUUCCCAAGAAUUUAAGUUUCAAAAACAAGCUCAAGUGUCUCUGGCAGUGCCAAGCACAGGAGCACCCAGCUGAUGGGCACCAUGCCUGAGGUCUCUGAGCCAGGCCCCCAGGCCCUGGCUUGGGGGCCUCUCUCAGGCCUCUCCCAUGGUUGGGGGGUAUCUUGA